AGGAGGGUGAGCCGACAAAGGUGCAUAUCGCACUUGGGGUAUUGCAUUCAAUAUUUUUACCUGAGUUAAUUCAGCAAACGGUUCCUUGUCUUCCCUUUAGUCAGUAACUAUUCGCGUCUUCGCUUCCCUUGUGCGGCAUUUAAGAUGUCGCAAAGAUUGUGGUUGCUCGUGGAAUGGGUGGACGAACGUGAUGUAUUUCCCAGUUAUGGAGUGGUCAAUGUUGGUUCCUUGAUCGGUAAUGAGACGCAGUUACACGUUGGGAAAAUGAUAUAUGUUCGAGAUAAGCACGGGAAUAAUACUCGGCGGGCGCAGGUUAUGAGGAUAUCGGAUAAUAAACACUACGUGAAAGAACAAAAGAAAUUGGUGGAGAGAGAGGAUCAUCAAGUGAAGAAUGUGUUGUCGCUUUGUAUGCGCACUAUUCGAGAAAUGAAAUCCGGCCCAAUGUUUUCCGGGAUGAUGAGUUCCGAUCAACCGGCUCAAGGAGUUUCGACUGGACCGGUAUCAUUGCCACAAGUCGUGCCGGACACUGAUAAUACUAGCAGCGAAAGUGAACAGGAGAUGCAUUAUGAAGUUAGCAGACGUCAUAAAAAGUCGUCCCAAAACGCUCACUAUCAUCGCGAUGCUUCCACAAGCCGAAGCAGACAGUCCUCUCGGUACCAGGCUCCAAACCCCAGGAGCCGCUCCAUGAUCUGCAGCACUCCAGUAACACAAGGCGCCCGUAUACCUGUCUUGACCUUCGACCAGAGCACCCAAGUUGAUUUUGACGCGGAAGACCGUAAACAAAAGAUGGUGGAGAUGGAGGUUGUCGUUAAAGGUCUCUACGCCCGCUUUUUGGCAUUAGUGGCUAGAUGUCAUAACGAGAACAUUCCAUUGCCGGAAGGUGUGGUUGACCCUUUUGAUGGUCCAGAACGUCAGAACGGUACGUCACCGAUGGAGCAAGCCAACGUAGUGGGGGAGAAUUUGACUGUGAACGGAAACCAUGUGAAGGGCGAAGCGGUUUCGAAUCCAAAAACGUUGGAGGUUCGUCGAGUUUCAGCGCACACUACCAACACUGGCGAAACGAGCUAUAAUGGGAUCGAUUACGAUAUGGUACCGAUUGGAGCUGGCAACGCCGUUGUGCCAAGCAGACUAUUGAACGAUAUAGACUGGACGUCCUACAGCACUGCCACAAGGCAACUUCUGCAAGCAGUGUUUCCUCGCAGGGUACUUGCCACUCAUUCCCUGACUGGCAAGCAAUCUCCAGCCUUCAUGAACAUCCCGCCGAAGAAGCGGCUCGACCCUCAAAUCGUGAAUGAUAUUGUUGACACCGUUGCUGAGCGCUGCGGUGUAUCUAAACGACUGGUCAGAGGCAGCAUAACAAUAAAAUGCACUGACGAGGCGAAACUGUACCGCAACCGGCUGCACUACAGACAGUCUCGUCAGCAUCCGAAUCAAGAGAAUGUCCCGCCCGGACCUUCCUCGGAUGAAUCGUCUACCGUCACCGAAUAAAU